AUGACUUGUUUUACUUGUAGACCUUCUUCAGGCUUGUCUUUGACCUUUGAACAUUCUUCUCCAGGUUGGGAUAGAGCUUCUGGAAAGAUAAGUAUCGCUUUGCAAGAUCCUUUCUUUCCAAGACAGAAUAGAACUCCAGGUACAAUGUCAUUCUCUGCAAUUCGGAUUUCUUUUCUUG